CCCUCCAAAUCAUUGGAUUCAGGUGUUCCAAUCCCCUCCAUGGACACAGGUGUAUACAAUUGCUGCAUGGGUCACUCUCAGGAGCUCAGUGACUCCAAGCGUGGUCCCAUGAUAGGUUGCCACCUGGGCAAUAAGUUCAUCCAUGACAUUUCCUGGCUACUAAAUAUUCCACGCUCAGCUGUUAGUGGGAUUAUAGCAAAGUGGAAGCAACUGGGAACAACAACAAAUCAGCCACCAAGUGGUAGGCCACGCAUGCUGAAGCGCACGGUGCGCAGAAGUCACCAACUGUCUGCAGAGUCAAUAGCUAAAGACCUGCAAACUUGGUGUGGCCUUCAGAUUAGUACAAAAGUGCAUAGAAAGCUUCAUGGAAUGGGUUUCCAUGGCUGAGCAGCUGCAUUCAAG